AUGGUGGGAGCGCCUUCGGUCACAAAGGCGUUGAAGCGGAAAAUCCAGGCCUCCGCUGAGAAAGCGUCGAUGAAAAAUCUCUAUUCUUAUCAAUUUUAUCAAGAUAUUCAACCAAUUAUCCCGAUGGAAUACAUGUUGACGAGUCCAAGCACUGAAUACCUAAUGAUCCCUGAAAUGUGUCGAUACUCGUCUUAUGGCUAUGAAGCCUCACUUCCCCAGCAAAGCCUCUACUGGGCCCCUCCCACGCGAAGUGAUCUCGUUAAGAUGGAGCUGAGAAAUUCACUACAAACUCGACAAAUGACAACAUUCAAUCAACCGACAUUUACACCUGCCUUCUAUCAAACACAACCACAAUACUCUGGAUUUGUCGAAGCCCGCGAAAUGAUGCGAACUCUUCCGAAUCCAGAUCCCAAACAGCAAAUGCAUUAUGGAGGAGUAGAAAUUGGAGUUGAUGAGUCAAAAGUGAUCAACUCGCAAAUGCACGUUUCUUCCUCAACACAAAGCUUAUUUGAUGAUGUUUUCGAUGAUAUUCCGAUUGGACGAGAGGACAAGGAUGGAGCCGAGACACCCGAACAAUUGCAUUGCUCUUUCGAUUGGAAUUUGGGAGCCGGGGAAUUCGAGUUCGACUGUGCAAACCCAGAAACACGACUCUUUGUCAACACCGUGUUGAGUAUUUCU